GCAAGUCUGAGGCGGCCCGAGCGUCUUGUACAAUUGAGCUGCAGCCCGCGGGCUCUUGAAUAAGGCUUAGCUUGAGCGCUAAGCCUGUGCUGUGCUGUGCGGCCUGUCAUGGUGUACAGCUACUACAGUAGCGUCGGUCGCCAACCACGGUCCACCUUCCUUCCUACAUCUCAUACAUUAGGUGAAAACAGACGUUCACUUAUCCUCUGACCUUCAAAAUGGUCUUUCUGUGGCUCAAGGAUCUAAAUAAGGUCGUCCUACUUCGCCUAAGGCCAUCUAAAAAAUUGAAGAAAGGACGCACACAACACAGCUCGACAAGUUGGACAACCACCGGUCAUAAGGGCGAUAGCUCACCUGCAGAUUUUUCUGCCAGUCCCUUCUCUUUGCACGCGCCCACUUCGAAUCCAUUGCUAAUGCAGCCCAUUUCUGCAACUAGAGAACCCGUCAAUUUGGAAGCCUCCAUCACUGUUCCUUCCAGAUCCUCUGGCAGCGUACCACUUGCCCGCAAAGUUUAUGACAUGGUUCCGGUGGCUUUGCCAUUGGUACGGGCCAUUGCAGGUGUGAUUCCACUUGUUGGCUCUCCGAUGGAGGCGGCUAUCGGUGGACUAAUGUCAGUCCUUCAAACUUUAAAUACGCAUGAUCAGAACAAGGCGGACCUCGAUAGUCUGACGAAACAACUCAAUCAACUGAGCUGCGAUUUGUGCAACGCCCCACCUGCUUGCAAUCCUUCUGAACAAUUCCGGAGAGAUUCAUUUGUCAGGAUGCUGCAAGAUACCUCAACCCGAGUGGCUACGUUGCAUGAACGUUGUUUCGCAUCCACAUCCGUCACACAAGGUAUUGCUGAAUGCUUCAAUGAAAUCGACCGUCAUUUGGCGCGUUAUCUGUUGUCGUCGCAAAUGCAAAUUCAACGUGAUAUACACGAAGAGUCACGGAGGCAGCGGGAAGCGAAUCAGGAAUUGUUGAUCGCAAUGCAAAGCCUGAUGAACAGAACUGUCGCACUGGCUGGUUGCGUGAUACUGGUAGAUGCAACAGGCCACGACCAUGCAAUACCUGUGAAUUUCUGCACCUCAUUUCAGCAACUAAAUAAGAUGCUCCAAGUUCUGUUUGAAUGUGACUCUGUCGAAGCACGCAUUCAGAAACGAUAUGUAGAAGAAGGACAGUACGAUUUGUGCAUCGACGAUGGCAGACAAGUAACCCGACUUACAAGCCAGUCAAGCAUUCCAGCAGGCACAAAGAUUGUCAUGAGGGUUAUCUUCGAACAGGAGAUGACAUCUUUCUCUGAAUUUGACUACAAAUGUCAUUUUUGCGGCGCUGUGAAUCACUUUCCCGUCGAGUCUGUUAUGCAUUCGCUUGAACGGCAGGCCGGUUGUUCGAUUGAUUGUCGAGUAUGCAAACGACGGUUUCAGAUCUCCCGUGAUCCCCAUGUGAAGCAGAGCAUACAGUCCUGUAAUAGUAAUUCCACUGAAGCGAGUGAUGAAGAGCUGCGCCUCAUUCACAACUUUCUUGUGCAGCAAAGCGCCGUACCCCGCCGUAAUUCACAUUCUCACCAGAUUGGUACUAGAAUAGUGUCUUGCCGCUGGCUUGUCGGAGACAAUAUGACAUGCGUAUUUGAAGGGACGCUGGAUGCAUUCAGAACCCAUGUCAUUGGAUGUCAUCUCUAAGUGUCUCGCGGUGCGGUAAUAGUACCAUGUCAUUGGCAAGGUUGCAGAAACGCUCGCGGCAUGCGGCGCGACUCAAUCUUACGUCACAUUCGUGAGGUCCAUCUGGGGACUCUGUUUCGAAUAAUGCUAUGAGUAGGACGAGUGACUGAUCUUUCUGUGUUCAUAUGAUGCACCUCAAUGUACAGCUCGUGUGCUGUUGCACUUGCUACCAUUGGCUCCUUGUAUGUGAAGCCAAGCCGGUUUCCGAC